AUGCGUCCUCGGGAUCCUUGCACUGCGGCCUUCUACGAUGAUGUGCAACGCAUUCAGCAGCUGAUACGGGCCGCCCUUUCGGGUGAAGAGGAGGAGGAAGAAGAAGAGAUUGUGGAUAAUGCGGAUGAGGAAGAUGUGGACGAGGAGGAGCAGCUCUCCAUACGCCGCCUGGAACGCGCACAGAAACGACGGGCGACGGUUGCAUCUCUGCUUGGCAAGCCGGGCCUUCUCCGCGUUGUCGAAACAGGAGAGGAAUAUGGGUUCAUGUUUCGCGUGGAGGAAACGUACGACAGUGAAGGUGCCCGCCGUUUAAAGCCGAAGUUCAAAUUGACCCGAAAAAGUCGAUACCCCGCAAUGCCGCUUCAUUGGGCCGUCCUCGGUCGCUCGCACCGUGCGGUGGAGUUUCUCGUUAAAAACGGAGUGGAUGUGCAGCUGGAGGUUCCGGAUCUGCCAAGGGUUACCGCAGCUUUUAUCUGCGCAUGCAACAAUUCUUUUGAGACGGCGAGGCGAUUAGAAAAGGCAAUUCAGGGGCAGCGGCAGCGCCUUCAAAAGGAGGAGGAGCAGAAACGCGAAUGGUUGGAGGCGCUAGAGUACAAGAAGCAAGAACGUGAGCGACUGGCGGCGCUAGAGGAAGAGGAGGAACGCGAGGAGGAGGAGGACAUGGAUGAAGGAAGAGAUGGUGACGGUGCAAAUGACAAUGAUGACAAUGACGACGAUGACGACGACGACGACGGAUUCCCAGAGGAGGAUGCAUAG